AUAUAACGCUUACAAACACGACGGCCAAAAGGAGAGGUUGGGGUCCUAGAGGGGGUGAAGUUGUGGAGAUUCAAAAGCAAAGUGUCCCUUCUGCUUCCCUCGCACAUACAAUAUCCUCCUUCGUAAUCUCUUCUGCGUUCUUUCUUUACUUUUCUUUUCCUCUCUCCCCCAUAUCACCUUUCUCUUUAUAUUAUUCUUCUUUGGAGAAUGGAAGGAGAAGAAGGGAUAUCUGCAAGAAGUGAAAAAAAAGGAAGGUUCAAAAGGAUUUGUGUCUUUUGUGGUAGUAGAGCUGGAUACAAGUCUUCAUUUAGUGAUGCUUCUCUUGAGCUUGGUAAACAGCUGGUUAGGAGAAAGAUUGAUUUAGUCUAUGGUGGGGGGAGUGCAGGUCUUAUGGGUUUGAUCUCACGAACCGUGUUCAAUGGAGGCUGCCAUGUUCUUGGAGUGAUUCCUAAGGCUCUAAUGUCUCAUGAGAUAUCAGGAGAAGCCGUUGGAGAAGUGAAAACUGUUGCAGACAUGCACCAAAGAAAGGCAGAAAUGGCAAAACAUGCCGAUGCCUUCAUUGCCCUUCCUGGUACAUGUAUUCUCAUUCAAAGCAACUACUCAUGCAUAAAAUAUACAUGCAUUUUUCGUGUAAUCUUUUCAUUAGGCGGUUAUGGAACCAUGGAAGAGCUGUUAGAGAUAAUCAGCUGGUCUCAGCUUGGAAUUCAUGAAAAACCAGUGGGACUGUUAAAUGUGGAUGGAUAUUAUAACAGCUUGCUUGCCUUAUUUGACAAGGGAGUUGAAGAAGGCUUCAUAAAUGAUACCGCAAGGCACAUAGUGGUUAUAGCAGAAACAGCAGCUGAACUUAUCAAGAAAAUGGAGGAGUACGCACCUGUCCAUGACAAGGUUGCACCCAGACAAAGUUGGGAAGUGGACCAAUUACCAGAGCCUACUGCAAGUGGGAACCUCUAGGAUCCAAGAUCUUAAUGAUCCGUUUGUGUAUAAAAAGAAAAGAAAAGAUAAAUGUGUUGGUGCAGUCCCAUUUUAAUCAAAAAAAGAAAAGAAAAGGACAGCAAGAUAACAAAUCCCUCUUCAGUGGGGAAGUCUAAAGAUCGAUCCCAUAUCUUAAUCACCCAUCCAUCUGUAUAUUUAUAAUGACAUGUAUGUUCCAGUUCUCUUUAAACCAAUUGAAUAAUAAGAGAUUCUCGAGUACUUUCUUCA